UGGAAGCACUCUGUAACGAUCACAUCGCGCCUCUGUGAAUUUCAGCGCGCUCCGUAUUUUUACAUUAAGCACAAGUCGCACCGCGCGUAUCUCAAGUUGAGGUGUUGAGUGCUUUUUUUUUAAUCGUACAUUUAACAAUUAAAGAAAAAGUGAAAAUUAAUUUUCCCGUGAGGGGUUAAAUUAAAGUGUAAAACCCGGACAUUUCCUCACGCAAAUUGUGUGUUGCCGGAAAUUGUGGACUCUUUUUUUGUCCCAACAUCUUUGCAAUCUCUUUGCCUGCGAGUGUCUAUUUCGCAAGCUUACCCAAGUGAAAAGGAAAAGGAAAAAAGUGCCCUAUGGAAACCCACUGUGUCCUCAGUGGGGAUGUGAACUAUAAGAAAAUUUUCUAAAACAAAAUGUGAUGAUGAGAAAACUCUAAAAAGAAAAUUCGCAUUAAAAGGAAAAUUGAGUGACUUUGAGAAAAAUCAAUUUUAUGAACAGAAAGAAGUGAUUGAAAAAAUAUUUUUGGAUUCUCACAACUGAGGGGAAUCUCUUUGGAGACUUUACGACACCAUGAUGAAAAUUCGGUACAUGCUGAAGACAGCUUGUACCGUUACGUUCCUACUUUUCUUGCUAUCUUUGUGGGGGUGCACUCACGGCAGUCCACUGCGUGCCCGCAAAAAUCAGGACGACGAUAGAAUUUUACCCUGGAUGAGAACGUGUGGUCAUGACAUAGAGCAACGUCUCAAUGAUACAUCAAUCGUGAAGGGAAAGCAUCAAAAAAUAUCUUUAUUGGAGUCAAGUGGAAGAUUCAUCGUCAGAUACUUGUCUAAGCUCAAUAAGACAAUACAAGUCAUCGAAGAGCGAGAAGUCAUGACCGAUUUGGGGAGUUUGCUCAUAAAUAAUAUGCCUUCAUUCAACAAUCGAUCGCUUAGAGCAACGCAUAGAGACUUACAAAUCUACAUAGCAAUCUUCGAUAAAGUUUGGCGCGAUCGAAAGUUGUCCAAUCAAGGAUUCACUAAUCACAAAAAGGAAGUUCUGGAGGAGUUGCAGAAGUUGCGACAAGAGACCCAGAGUUGGCUAUGUAUAGUUGAGGAUAUGCUAAAUGGAACGGAUCACUUGAGGAUAAAGAUGAGAUACUUAAAGGAAAAGGUCAUGGAGAAGAAAAUCAACGAGAUCAUUGGCCAGGAAAAAUUCACAACAUACCUUAAAAUGUCUCUAACGGGUAUUGAAAAGUUCGCAAAAGACUUCCAAAAGUUCGUGAAGAAGCGCGUCAAAAAAUUAAAAGAUGGCAGGAACAAGCAAAGACCACGAAGGUUGAAUUGUUUAGGGAAAAACAAUUGCAGAUCUCGAAGGAGGAAAGCUGAGGAAAAGUUGAUGAUGGGACGUCUGCAUCCCAAAAGACGGAACACAAUCCCUUAAAGGGGUAAACUGUGAGAAAUAUUUUGUACAUAGAUAGGUAAAUUUAUGAAGGCUAAGUAAUUCCAUUUUAAAGUGAAUAUUUUAAAUUUUUGAUCAAAUUAUUCCAAAAUUUAAUCUAAAAAAUUAAUUUUCGUGAUUCGUCACAAAACUCUUACAUAAAUAGCUAUGAUCCUCAUUGAGUAGUACAACUCUCACAGUACCUAAGCACACUUUAGAAUAAUUUACAAAGAAAACGUUCAAAUAAUUAAGAUAUUGCUAGACUAUAUUUUUAUUUUAUAAUUUUCUUUUGACUUAUUUAUUAUUUAAGGAUUAAGUUAACCUAAAUUCGUCCUUUUUCUUCAAAAAUAUCCCUUUGAAUUUUUAGAAAGGAUUCCCUUAAAUCCUUUAGACUGCCCAGUGCACGUAAGACUGGCAAUAGGUUCUAUGACGACUUUAUAAAAAAAAUUCUAAACAUUUAUUCAUCAAAAUAUUUUUUUAAUUAGGUUCUAAAAGAAUUUUUUUUUUGUAUUUCAAUGCAAUCAUCACAUUUUAUUUAUCAUUCAUUUUCUCUUUAAGAUAUUUUAUUUAAAUCAAAAAAAAUAUUUAAAAAUAUACAUUGAGAUUCCUCAAGUCAUGACACUUUACAAUUUAUAUAAGUAUUCUAAUUAAAAGCAUUUGAAUUGUGAUUGAAGAAAAAAUGUGGAAAAUUCAGAGAAUUGCGAUCAUUUUCACACUAUUUUCCCAUAUAUUUCACCUUAAUAGCUCCCCAUUGAUAUUUCUGCGAAAUUCCAGUGAAAAAAAAACUUUGGUAAUUCCCCAGAUUUGUAGCGAUUACCUCGUGCAAUUUUGAAGUGCAAUCAGUUGAUUCAUAACUCCCAGACUAUAUAGUAAGCAGCCGCUGUAGCACAUCAGCACGAAAGUAAAUCGUCUCAAGAUCAAUUCAGACCAAGGUGGUCCCUUUUGCAAAAAAUUUUCCGUGAAAAAUUUUCGCAAAAAUCUCGAAAAUUCCAAAACUAUUACUACAAUGUAUUCUAAAAUGUAUUCUAGAGUGUGCUUUAGCGUAUUGUCUUCAUUACUACGUAAUGAACACUUUGUAAAUUUUUUUAGUCUUUGUAUAAAAUGAUAUCAGAGGCAUACAUACAUUGUAAUACUAUAAAUGUAGUUUAAGAAGACAAAGAUUUUCGCUCUGAAAGCAACUUUGCUUCAAAUUGCCAAGAAAUUUUUUUCUUAUUGCUCUGUGAUAUAAAUUAGAUGAAAAAAAAUUUAUAUUAUGUGCCAAAAAAAACCUAUGUAUAAUUUCUCCUCUUGCCAAAAUGGAGAAUUCUUUUAAAAUUAUAUCUAUAUAGAUUCUUGUAGAGAAAAAAAGGUAAAGAAUUUGUAAAGCAUAGAAUUUAAUUAUAAAAGAAAAAUAUCAUUAUAGAGUAAAGAAAAAAAAGAAGAAAAAA